UAGUUUCUCUUUUUGUCACAUCUGGAGGACUGAAGCAUAAAACUAAAUGUGGACAUGUGUCUCACAGGAUACUAUAGAGAAAAAAAAAUCCGCUUGUGUGCGCAAAAACGUAUCCCAACUUAUUGCAACAACGAAGUUUCUUUUUGUGCGUAAAACUUGCAAUAACUGGGAAAAGUCUAAUCACUGCUACUUGAGUAAUGUAAAGUCAGAUUUUUCCAGAGUUUGUCGUAAGGCCCCUGGGAGUCUCUGAACUACACCUGGCUGGGGAGUUUGGCGUCUGGAUGCUGCGAACUCUGGAGAGAGGAGGAGGUGCGUAAAAAAAAAAAAAAAAAAAAAAAAAAAUCAGAUUAUAGGAAGAAGAGGAGAGCGCUGUUGUUCCGUCACAGCUCAGUGUGUGUCUGGCUCAGUCGGCGCUGAAAACGGGAGGGUCGGGCAGCAUUCCGCAGGAGCUGCCGUCUCAUCACUGAGGAACAAAAGUUUUGGGGAUUGUUUUUACUUGGGCGAGCGGAGGAAAGCCGGCGAAAGAAAAGGCGUCCGUGCGAGCGAAUGGAGAAGCACAAAGUGCUGGACCAGCUCCUGAUGGAGCUCCACCGCUUCUUGCUCAUCCUGGACAAGGAGACGCUGAGCGGGAAUGCCACCAUCCAGAAGGGCCUGCUGUCCGAUCUCCUGCUGUCCUACAGGACUUCAAAUGGUGGUGAUGAGGAGUACAUCUACAUGAACAAAGUCCUUGUUACCGGGAAGGGAAAAGAUGACAAAGGUGACAGAUCAGAUGCUCUGGUCAAUGGAAAAGCAGCAAAACAUGUCCCCGUCCCACAGAAGAGCCUCCCUGACCUGCCGCCCCCGAGGACGGGCGUGGUGGGUCGGGAGCCUUUCCCAUUGCCCGCACUUCCCUGCCCUUCUCCAAUCUGUGUAGACAAUUCGGAAAGUUACUACGAGGAGGCUCAGCCCUACGAGGAAACUGUCUACGACGCAGACUGUUUUGUCCUCCUCUCAGGGCCCGGGAUGAGAGAGUACAGCUCUGACAGUGUGGUCUAUGCCGUUAUCACCGGGGAUGAUGGCGAUGCCGUGAGCAGUUCGUACGAGUCGUACGACGAGGAGGAGGUGACCAGAGAGAAGUCGUCGUCGGCGCAGCACCAGUGGCCGUCGGCGGAGGCGUCCAUAGAGCUGAUGAAGGACGCACGCAUCUGCGCCUUCCUGUGGAGGAAGAAGUGGCUCGGACAGUGGGCCAAACAGCUGUGUGUCAUCAAAGACCAUCGCCUGCUGUGCUACAAGAGCUCCAAGGAACAGACGCCUCUGCUGGAUGUGAGUCUGCUGGGCUGCAGUGUGGUCUACAAAGAAAAGCAGAUGAAGAGAAAAGAGCACAAGCUGAAGAUUGUCCCGGUAGGAGGCGAGGCCAUUGUGUUGGGCCUGCAAAGCAAAGAGCAGACUGAGCAGUGGCUGAAGGUUAUUCAAGAGAUCAGCCCCAAGCCUGUCGACAACUGUGACUCAUCUCUGUCCGACUCCCCGAGAUUUAUUUGUACUAAGGGCGAGCAGAGCGAAAGAUGCUCGGUGGCUUCAGAGAGCGGCAGCAGCACAGACAGCCACGCCGAGACUCCAGAGCACAAAGAUGUGAAGAAAAAAUCCGGCGCGGCUUUGAAGUUCAGCAACCUCAUGAACAUCGGCAAGAAAAAACCCUCGGCACUAGAGAGCCCAGAGAAAUGUGUCGACACCUCAGGUUACCUCAACGUGCUGGUCAACAGUCAGUGGCGUACCUGCUGGUGUCUCAUAAAGAACGGCCAGCUGUGGUUUUACCAAGACAAGGGCAAGAACAAAGUGAGCCAGCCGGCCGUGAGCCUGGAGGGCUGCAGCGUGUCGCCCGACCCCAGCCCCGAGCACCUCUACUCCUUCAAGAUCGACAUGGACGGCACACAGCUGGCAACCCUCGAGGCUAAGACAUCAGCGGAUAUGGGUCAUUGGCUGGGGCUCCUGCUCUCACAGAUGGGGACCAAAACGGACCCGGAGGAGCUGACGUACGACUAUGUCAACACCGAGAGGAUCUCCACCAUCGUCAACGCCGCAAAGACGUCCUUAUACUUAAUGCAGAGGAGGUAUUCAGAGCAAAACACCUACAUAGACACCCCGCCUUCCGCCCCUCACGACUCCGACGAACUGUACGACGACGUGGCGUCUCUAGCUGAUCCAGAGGAUGUCGAAGAGAUCAACAGGUCUAACUGUGAGGACGUCAACGUCCAGGAACAUAGCGAAACGUGCGCAGAAGACAGAAAGGGCCCGGCGGCGACAGAAGAGGACGAAGACAGCAGGAUUUACCUGGACCUGGUCCCUGUGCGCUCCUUCCUCCACACGCCCACCGGGGCCAAACCCUCCCCUGCCAAAGAGGCGUCCAGACUUUCCAUGGUCCAGGUGGAGGACCAGAAGGACUCAUCUUCUCAGACUAAAGAGGUGACGCCAGCCGAGCCAGAGUCAACGGCUGCAUUAAACGGGAUCAGUUCGGCCUCUGCCACCAGCAAAGCGGAGCAACAGACUCCCGCUCCGCCACAAAGUCAACCGGUCAAGACCUCAUCCCAAAGCCAGGACCACCUGAAGAGGGCCAGCCUGGGGAUCCCGCAGGCCUUCGGCUCCUACACCUUACCUCACCCUAGCAGCCCGCUGCCCCCGCGGCCCAAGUCGCACACCAUAGGGUGUCACGGUGCAGUCGAGGUCAAACUGGGGAAGAACCGCACCGAGGCGGACAUGCGCCGCUACACGGACGAGCGUGAUCGCCUCGAAAGAGAGAGGGAGGAGGUGAGGAGCAGCUUGGCCAGCCUGAAGAAGGAGAGGAGGGAGGCCAAGGAGGAACUCGGAGCCUGCCAAGAUCCCAAGCUGCAGGCCUCGUUGGAAGCCCGCCUCAAGCAGAGGGAGGAGGCGUGUCGGGAGGCGGAGCAGCGCCGGGUGGAGGUGGAGCUGCGGCUGGUGGAGGUGAAGGAGAGUCUGAAGAAAGUGGAGUCGGGGCCGUUCACGCUGGGGACCACGCUGGACAGCAGCCUCCAGGACACGCCCACGCCUAAAGCAGCAGCCAUUCCACCUCCCCAGGCUUCAUCCUCGCCCUCAUCAUCAUCGUCCUCAUCAGCAUCAGCAUCAGCGUCGUCUUCCCAACCCUCCAACAGCAGCAUUAGUGCAGACUCUCCAGUCAACUCUGCCUCCGCUCUUAAAGGCAGACCCUCCUCCAUGGUGGCCACGAAAGGCAAAGUCCUGCAGAAAGCUAAGGAAUGGGAGAAGAAAUCCACCACCUAAGAAGAAAAUCCUCCUUCGACCUUUGUCGCCCGUCCGCCACUUCCUGCUUCAGCGAGGAGCCGCCGACUCACGAGACCCGACAGUCAAAUCGAAACCCUCCCCCCCCUCCCUCCCCGGAUCCUCCAUCCACCAUCGCCUCCAUUCCAAGACUAUGAAGAGCCAAUCAAAGAGAGACACGAGCCGUCUCCUUAAAUACCACUGGAUAAGUUCAAUGACUCCUUUUAAAGUCUUUUGUUGUUUUUUUUGUUUUUUUUUACUCAAAGGGAGGAAUUUGAUGUUAGUAGCAUUUUGGCCAGUGUAACAAACGGGACGUUUCAACAUUGCAAACAGCCAAAUAUUUGAAAACCACUGACGUCUGACCCAGAAAGACGCCCCUCCACUUAAAAGCGAUCGGACAUUCUGUACACUCUAGAUUGUAGCUUGGUUCGUAUAUGCUGGUAGCCAAGAUGUAAAUAUAUUUACACCAUUAUUCAGCCGUUCGGCUUGUAUUGCUAGCUAAAAAUGCACUUUUUAUUCAAAUAAAAAUGUACUGACAAAAAAAAAAAGGAAAGAAAAAAGAAA